AUGUCAUUGACGCCACCACCUUCUGCUAAAAACGAAGAAAUGGUUUGUCUGUGGAAACAAUGCAAACGCAAAUUUGAAGAUCCUGAAUUACUUUACCAACAUUUGGCGAACGAUCACGUUGGAAGAAAAUCUACUGGAAAUCUAUGCCUUAAAUGUCAUUGGGACAAAUGUGAAGCUCAAACAAGCAAGAGAGAUCAUAUUACUAGUCAUUUGAGAGUUCACGUACCAUUGAAACCACAUGUUUGUCCUAUAAAGGAUUGUAAAAAGGCCUUCAAACGACCUCAAGAUUUAAAAAAGCAUGAAAAAAUUCAUUCUGAGGAUCACCGAGCUGCAAUUUCAGGAAAAAAUAACAGACAUUCUAAAACUAUUCAACCGCCCACUCCUCCACAAAUUCCAAUCGACGAUUCUUUAACUUCUUAUACUUCAUAUACUUCUUCUCCGCAACAGUUACCUCCCUCACCGGAAAGUGAAACUUCUGACUUAGUUUGCAAAUAUCAACAAUUACCUGGACAAGAAAUUCUUGAUUAUCCAGACUUUGGUCAAAAUACACUUAAUACACUUUAUUUAGACAAUUAUGAUUUCAAUAACAAUCUCCCAUUAUCUACGACUAAUAUUACUAAACAUAGCCAUAAGCGUAGUGUAGACGUUAUGGAUGAUUUCAUUCAGGAUGUUAAAAGAAAUAAAAUAGAGCCACAGUAUAGUGAUGAAGAUUUAAACCAAGCUCUUAAUGGAGAUAUUAAUCCAUUCAAUUUUGUGAAGAACGAUUUGGUCAUGGUCAAUGAUUUCAUGAAGCAAGUUUUAACAGAAAUUGAAUUCAGUGAGAUGGCGAACAGUGAAUUCAAUCUUGGUUCAGGAUUGGUAGACUCUAAUAUUUAUCCAAAUUCUGUGCCUUUCCUUCAAACGGAAGACAAUGGCAGUCUUUACCCAAAUGUUGGAAAUAUUAGCGUACUACGUAGUAAUGAUAAUUCAAUUGUAGAACAGAGCGCUUUAAAUUAUGUGAAUUCUUUUGAUAUUUCAAAUCCUCUUCCAAUUGAAACUGCACUUGUAUAUCCCGCCCUCACACCAUCUGUGUAUGGUAUUACGCAACCAUAUAUAAUAGCACCUCAGAACGUCCAAAUAUUUCUCAAUAAUCCUAAUCCUAAUGGGUUUAACCCCGUUUUACUAGAAGAGAAUAAUGCACAAUCAGGUCUAAUUAAAUCCGAGAAAAAACCUCCAACAAAGAAGCAAGCACAUGUUGACGAGCAAUCUGAUGACAUGAAUGAUUUAAAGAAACGCUUUGAUGAUUUGAAUUUAGGUACAUCACGUCCGAGGAAUGAGCAGGUUAACAAAACUUUACGAAAAAAUAAUGCAGUACUCGUUGCCGUUAUUUAUAACAAAGUCAAUCAAUUGAUUGAGCAGCUGGACGCACGUCCGAAGUCUGUGACAGGUCUAGUAGAUUGUGCCAAAUUAGUUGCCUAA